GUAGGACUCAAGUCUAGCAGGCAACAUCAUGAGCACUGUUUUAUUGUAGAUAGUAAAUUACCUGACUGAUUACUGACAAUCCGGAUUUUGGAUUUUGUGGGCUGCCAUGGAGUGCAGUGGCAAGGUGACGCCCCAGCUGAUGAUCACAGUAGGGACAGCUGUGAUUGGCUCGCUUCAGUUUGGCUACAAUACUGGCGUCAUCAAUGCUCCUCAAAAUAUCAUUGAGAGCUUCUACAAUGAGACAUGGAGCAGCAGGUUUUCAGAGCCCAUCCCUCAGACCACUCUAACAGCUCUGUGGUCUCUCUCUGUGGCCAUCUUCUCUGUGGGAGGGAUGUUUGGCUCCUUUUCUGUCGGUCUCUUUGUUAACCGCUUUGGCAGGAGGAACUCCAUGCUCAUGGCCAAUGUGCUUGCAUUCAUUUCUGCAAUAUUUAUGGGAUUCUCCAAAUUGGCUGCUUCCUUUGAGAUGCUCGUUAUUGGACGUUUAAUUGUGGGUGUCUAUUCUGGCCUGUCCACUGGUUUUGUGCCCAUGUACAUUGAGGAAAUCUCACCCACAUCUCUCCGGGGAGCAUUAGGAACGCUGCAUCAGCUUGGUGUAGUGAUCGGCAUUCUCAUGGCACAGAUUUUUGGGCUUGAAUCCAUCAUGGGGAAUGCAUCCCUAUGGCCCCUCCUACUGGGUUUUACUCUGCUACCAUCUGUGCUGCAAUGUGUCCUGUUGCCUCUCUGUCCUGAGAGCCCCCGAUACCUCCUCAUCAACUGCAACGAGGAGAACAAAGCCCGCGGCGUCCUAAUUAAACUACGGGGUACUGAUGACGUGAGUGAGGAAAUGGAGGAGAUGAAGGAGGAGAGCCAGCAGAUGAUGAAGGAAAAGAAGGUGACCAUCCCUGAACUUUUCCGCUCCCCCGUGUACCGCCAGCCCAUCUUUGUUGCCAUCAUGCUGCAGCUGUCACAGCAACUGUCUGGUAUCAAUGCUGUGUUCUACUACUCAACUAUGAUCUUUGAGCGAGCAGGCGUGUCCCAGCCUGUCUAUGCAACUAUCGGCACAGGAGUGGUCAACACUGCAUUCACAGUUGUUUCUUUGUUUGUGGUGGAGCGUAUGGGCAGGAGACCCCUUCACCUCAUUGGUCUGAUGGGAAUGGCCGUUUCAGCAGUUUUUCUAACCGUGGCCAUGGCAUUGUUGGACCAGCUAAAGUGGAUGUCUUACAUUAGCAUUGUGGCCAUCUUCAGUUUUGUAGCCUUUUUUGAAAUUGGCCCUGGCCCCAUCCCAUGGUUUAUUGUGGCUGAACUCUUCAGCCAAGGGCCCCGUCCUGCUGCCAUUGCAGUUGCUGGUUUCUCCAAUUGGUCUGCCAACUUCUUAGUGGGGAUGUGCUUCCAGUACAUUGAGCAACUCUGUGGCCCCUACGUCUUCAUCAUCUUCACCAUCUUGCUGCUCGGCUUCUUCGUCUUCACCUACUUCAAGGUUCCAGAAACUAAGGGCUGCACUUUUGAUGAGAUUGCAGCGGGCUUCCGCCAGACAGCAGGUCAGGGAUCUAACAAGUACUCAGCCCCGGAAGAAUUCAACACCCUGAGGGGGGAUGACCCUGAUCUUUGAAAGUUUGUUCAUGUAGGGACCACUGUUGUCCAUGUUUUAGAUAUUUCAUCCAUUAAUGUUAGAGCCAGUAAUCCACAGUGUAGGGGCUUUCACACAGAGUUACCAUGGGCUUGAUCUGUAGCACAGCAAACUGUUGGUCACUAGUAAAAAUGACAUCCCAGUAGGCAUUCAAAAUGAACCAAGUGUCAUUUUGUAACAGAAAAAAGCCGGGUUAAGUAUAUGGAAUCACUAUAUAGAACCCUCUCCUUAUUUAUUACAGGAAAUAGAGUUUUGAACCUUUUUUUUCUUUUUGCCCACACGUCUCUUUCAGUUUUGGAGUUAAUGAUAUAAAACAUUAGAUGGACUGUUUCAUGUUUGAUAGGUGACAGAAAAUCUUGGUUGUGUGCUUUUUUAUAUACAUUUGAUUUUGUUUAAUAAUUAAGACUUUAGUCAAACGUAAUAUGUUAGAACUACAAAUGUGUUUACAUGUGUGUCAAACAGAGAAAAUGAAACUUAACAAAGUUUAAUAAUUGA